AUGACGUCCUCUACUGGCGGGACUACCAUUCUCGAUCCGCAUACUCUCCUGAAAGGCCUAGAAGAUCAGCCCUGGUUCGAGAAGAACAUUCCUCUACUGGAAAUACCCGAUAAGCAGAUCCAAGAGGUGUACUACUACCGUUGGCAGACCUACAAAGAACACCUUGUUUACACUGGAACGGAGUAUGGUUACGUGGCCAGUGAGUUCUUGAACCCCGUCAGCUACGGCGCACCGUAUGGUGGUAUCGUGGCGGCUGCAGGUCAUCAUACCACCGAAGGUCGGUGGAUACGUGAUACGAGAUAUGGCCAGGAUAUCGCAAAGUAUUGGCUCGCUGGGCCAGGACAGUUCCCAAAGCCAAUGAGAGACGAUGUCAACAAAGAUACCUGCGACUGGGCGCACGAGUACAGCUUUUGGGCUGCCACUGCGCUGUGGAAACAAUACUUGGUCACAGGAGAUAGAGAAUUCGUAGUCGGUCAGCUUACGAAUCUGGUGAAGCAAUAUCGAGGCUGUGAUAACCAUUACUCUGACUCACUAGGCCUGUAUUGGCAGGGACCUGUUUGGGAUGCCACGGAGUAUACAGCUGCUUCUUACGAGUCUAGUGAUCCCUACCAUGGAGGUGCCGGCUUUCGGCCUACGAUUAACUCAUAUCAGUAUGGAGAUGCCAUUGCCAUAGCAAAAAUUGCUGCUUUGGGUGGAGACUCUGAUCUUGAGAAUGAAUAUCGACGCCGGGCAGAAAGUCUGCGAGUCGCAGUACAAAAGCACCUUUGGGACAAUGAGAGCAAAUUCUACAAACACCAGGCCCGUGACGACAACCCCUCCGGCUCCCUGCUGGGUACCAGAGAAAUCAUGGGCUAUCUUCCCUGGAUGUUUGAAAUGCCGUGUAAUGAGUCCCAACCUGCUGCCUUCUCCCAGCUCAAAGACCCCCAAGGAUUCUUUUCAAAGUUUGGUCCAACUACAGCUGAGCGAAGAAGUAGGUGGUUCAUGUAUGAAGCAGAGAACUGCUGCAGGUGGGACGGUCCUUCAUGGCCAUUUGCAACUUCGCAGACUCUGACUGCCAUCGAAAAUGUCCUCCAUGAUUAUCCAGCGCAGAAAUACAUCACUCCCGAGGACUACUACGAAAUGCUGCAUCGGUACGCUCGAACACAAUACAAAAAUGGGCAGCCAUACGUCGCCGAAGCUCAUCAUCCUGAUGAAGACAAAUGGAUGUAUGACGGCCACAAUCACAGCGAAGAUUAUAACCACUCGACCUUUGUCGAUAAUGUCCUAGCCGGGCUUAUAGGACUUCGAGCCCAGUCUGGUGAAACACUAGUCGUCAAUCCCUUGACUCCUUUCAACUGGGACUACUUCGCUGUCGAGAAUGUGGCUUACCACGGCCAUUCUAUCACUAUCCUAUGGGAUAAGAUAGGCUCAGUCUAUAACCGAGGCCAAGGCUUGAGAGUUUACGUUGAUGGUCAACUUGCUGGGAGUCGAGGAACAAUCGGUCUUAUAAAAGUCGAGGUCGGUCCAUCUCUCCCAACGCGUGUUCCCUCCCGAAUAAACAUCGCAGCAAAUGGCCAGCGGGAUCCCCAACUUCCAAUUGCUUUUGCUUCGUACACGUCUCCAGCAGAUGAUCCUAUGCGGGCGAUCAACGGAAUGAUCUUCCGAACAGUAAUUCCACAAAACAGCCGUUGGACUUCGUAUAAUAGUCCAAACCCAAAAGACCAUUUCGGAGUCGACCUGCAUGAGGAUCAAGCUAUCGAUAAUGUGCGAUUUUCUUCUACGAUGAUUCAGAUGGUGUUCGGAUCCCUACCAGUUACGACCUCCAGUACUGGACAGGGAAUGUUUGGGUGA